UUGGCAGUGGAAGUAGGAGACGGAAGACUAGUGGAUCUAUUGUGUCGGUUUGCAGCACACGUGUACCGUGACGUACUUGUAUCAGCAGUCAGACAUGGACGUCCAGAUCUUAUAGCGUUGUUCGGAUCUUACAAAUUCGCCAUGUCUGAGUUUACAGAAGACCAUCAAGCCAGUUACGAAGGCUCGGAAUUAGAUGUGGCGCUACGAAAUGAACAAAUAGAAUGUGCUCAGGUGCUGUUGGCGAAUGGGGCAAAGAUUUUACAAGAAUUUGCAGUAUGGCAUGCUGUGGUAGAAGGGAAGUGCAAAACUUUGAAUUUUUUGCUACGAAAUUUUCAGAACUGUGCAAAUAAUGUGAUUGCGAAUGGCAGAACUGAUUUGUUGCACGUGGCUGUAGAGAAAGGUCACAGUCGAAUCGUCGCCUUACUUCUGGACGCUGGCGUGGAUGUUAAC